AUGGAGUGCCUUGCGGAACACCCAGAAUUCUUCGUCGCCGAGUUAAGGCCAAAGGAUUUAAACGAUGUUUUGAAGAAGAUACAAAAUGAACUCCUUCAAGAGGGAGCAAGUCAGAUCAUUCUAAUCACCUCCGGGGGAACGAAGGUUCCAUUGGAGAAAGUGUCCAUCAGACACGUAGAAAACUUCUCCACCGGAAAAAGAGGAGCACAUAUGUGUGAAUAUUUUCUAAAGAAAAACAGAAAAGUAAUUUUUCUACACCGAAAGGGUACCUUCAUGCCAUUCGAAUGUCACUUAAAAUGUGCUACUCGGAUGGACAAUAUUCGUAUUAUGGAUGGACUUGUCACGCUAAACUUAUCACAACAGGAAAAACAAGCUGUGAUAAAUGAUGCAAAAUCGUAUGAACAGUUCAGGCAAAAUCUUCUUUGUAUUUCAUUUGAGUCCAUUUUUGAAUAUGGAUUUUACUUGACGGCCAUUUGUAAUUUGCUAAAUGAGGACUGGAGGUCUAGGAACAUCGAUCAUACCACUACGGAUGUGAAGAUCAAUGCAGUUUCCCCCCCUCCACAUCUCAUCAUCUUAUGUGCAGCGGUAAGCGAUUUCUACAUACCCUUUGCAGAGUUAAGUGACAACAAAAUAAACAGUGAGGCGAAUACAGCUCCCUCCCUUCGAAUGCAGCUAGCCCCCAAAUUUUACAAGCUUACAAGGAAGUACUUCCCCUUACUUAACUUUUGUAUGUUCAAACUGGAAGACGAUGAGCAGGCACUAGUGAACAAGUCAAACGAGAGAAUUCGUUUUGCGGAUAUAUUAGUUGCCAACCUGUUGGAUCAGCGUUAUAACUCUGUUUUUAUCUUCACAGGAGAAGACAACUUCUUCAAACUUACUACCUCGAAUGAAUCGGAACGGAUUGAAGAUGCCAUAUGUUCCUACCUUUGUAAGUACUUUGGCAUUCCAAUCAGAGACCCGUAG